AUGGAUAAGGAGUCUAAAUACAGGAGGGAUCCGGGUUAUACCAAGGCAUCAACGGCCAGCGCCACAGCCCCUCGCCGCACAAGAGGCCAUGCCGCCGCAGGUUCCGCUGAACGCGCCGCCGCUCCGCCCGCUCCCGCCGGCCCGCCGCCCGUCAGCUUCGAUCUUAACGACUUCAAGGGCGCAUUCUCCUUCGACGAUUUCUUCAACACGCUAGCGGGCGAGUUCCUGCCCAGCAUCCCAGCUGACGACGGGCUGCCGUCGUCCGACCCGUCAUCCGGCCCCGUGGGCUUCCCCGAGGCAGAGGCCCUGCUGCCGCGCUUCCGCGAGUCCCGCCGAGAGCUGCUCGAGCUCAACCGCCGGGUGGACGAUCGGUUGGAGAGGCUGCGCAAGGACGUGGCGGCACAGGACAGCGAGCACAAGGAGACGCUCGGCAAGCUGGAGCGGGGAGUGGAGGGGCUGUUUGACAGCUUUGGCCGUCUCGAUGCACGCAUCUCGGGUGUAGGGCAGACGGCUGCUCGUAUCGGUGACCACCUGCAGAGCGCUGAUGCACAGCGAGAGACCGCAUCCAACAUCAUGGAACUCAUCAAGUAUCUCAUGGAUUUCAAUCGCAGCCGGGGCGAGUCAGUGCAGUUCCUGCCGCUCGCUGCUGUCUUCCUGGACGAGAAGGAGAUGGGCCGCGCUGCUGCCUUCGCCAUGAAACUCAGGGCAUUGGCGGAGGAGGACGAGGAUGCGAGAGAGGUGGUGCCAGGGGAGGGGCGCAAGGGCGGCCCCAGUGCGAGCCCUGGGCUCGAAGUGGCUGUGGACAACCUGCACGAGUACUGCAACGAUCUGGAGAACAAGCUGUUGCAGAAGUUCGAUGCAGCAUCGGCAAAGAAGGACCUCAAGUCAAUGGCGGACUGUGCUAAGACCCUCGAACAGUUCCAGCAGGGCAGCAGGGCGAUCCACCGGUACGUGACGACGCGCCCCAUGUUCAUGGACGUGGAGAAGAUGCGCAACGACAUCCGCAUCGCCACGGGCGAGACCGGCUCCAGCAUCGCCAACGUCAUCGGCCCCGUCAACCCCACGCGCGGCCUCGGGAACCUCUACAAGCAGAUCUACGACACGAUGGAGGAGGAGCAGCAGACGGUGGAGCAGGUGUUCCCCAACCCCAAGGCGGUCAUGGCCAUCCUCACACAGCGAGUGUUGGAGCAGCGCGUGCACAACGUGCUCAUAGAGAUCCUCAAGACGCCCAACAUCGACAACCCCCCGCCGCUCAAGCAGGGCGGCCUCCUUACCUACCUGCGCACACUGGCUCUCUCAUACGAGAAGACAGUGGACCUAUCGAAGCGCCUGCAGGACCUGGGCUGCGGGGACCUUGAUAUCCAAGGCACGGUGGAGGGCAUAUUCGCGGAGCACAAGGACAAGUACCUGGAGGUGGAGCAGCGCUCGCUCAUGCAGCAGUUUGAAGAGAAGUGCGAGUCGGAGUAUCAGCAGCAGCAGGCAGCAGCAGGGCCAGGUCUGGAGCCGGGAUCUGCAGCGGCGGCGGCAGCGGCGGCGGGAUCCCCUGGGAACCUGGUGCGGCAGCGCACAACGCCCUCGCUGCUGCCGCCGGGAGCGGGGGGGAUAGGCGUGGUGGCGGACUGUGUGCAGUGGAACAAGGAUGCCAUCGAGCGCUGCCGCGUGCUCGUGCCCGAGCCCGCACUGCUGGUGGAGAGUGUCACAGUCAUCUUCAACGUGCUCCUUGACCAGAUGGGCGAGUACACACUGUCAGCGUUGGAGACGGCGAGCAAGGCACUGGCAGAGGCAGCAGCGCUGCGGGAGAAGUUCAGCAUCGGCACUGCCGUCAGCCGCAGAGUCGCCCAAGCUGCCGCCGCCGCUGCGGAGCAAGCAGCAUUGGCAGGGGAGCAGAGCAUUCGCACGUUCUUCAUAGCAGUCAAACGAGCCACUGCUACCGUCUCCACAGUGCAGCAGUACUUCCAGGGGACGAUUAGCGAGCUGCUGAUGGCAGUGGAUGGGGCGCAUGGCAAGUGUGUGGAGGAGAUGACUCGCAAGCUCGGCGAGGCAGAGGCUGUCGUGCUGCGUGGCAUGCAGGUGUGCAUAGACACGAGUGUGGGCGAGGUGGAGAGGCUGCUGGCAGCAGAGCAGAAGCCAACGGAGUUCAGACCACCCGAGGACGGCACUCUCCCCGACCACCGCCCCACCACCGCUUGCAUCAAGGUGAAGGCAUAUCUGGAGCGCAUAGUGGAUGCGGCACAGACAGCACUGGAGGGGCCCAACCGCCACGCCUUCCUGCUCGAGCUGGGAGUGCGUCUGCACAAGGCUCUGCUGGCACACAUUCAGCGCUUCUCCUUCAACCCCGGCGGUGGGCUGCGGCUCAAGAGGGAUGUGUCCGAGUAUGCAGACUCCAUCCGCGCCUUCAAGACGCCCACUGUCGACGAACUCUUUGAGUCACUCAGCUCGUUGGUGAAUCUGUUCAUAGUGGCGCCGGACAGUCUGCGCACGCUCGUGGACAGCAGCCAUCUCUCGCACAAGGAUGCUCUCAUUUACAUUCAAUUGCGUGAUGACUACAAGUCUGCCCGCAUUGCACAACAUAUCGGGCCUUCCCCGUUGAUCCCUCCCCUUCCUGGCGGAAGCGAGUUGGGGGACGGGGCGGAGUUGGGCGGAGGGGACGAGGGGAAAUCGGAGGAAGGGGCAGCGGCGGAGGGUACUAGCCCAAUAGAGCCGCCCGGUGCAUCCCCUGAUACCGCUGCUGCUGCCGUGCUGGCUGCUGUGCCCGCUGUUAUGCCGGCUGCUAUUCCUCCUCCCCUUCCCGCUGCUGCGCCUGCUGCUUCGCUUGCUGCUGUGCCUGCUGCUUCGCUUGCUGCUGUGCCUGCUGCCCCGCUUGCUGCCGCUGCUGGCACGGACGAUGGGAGCAGCAGCAGCACUAGCAGCAGCAGCGUUGACGAGCGCGCAUCAGCAGCACGGGGCGGCAUGCUACCAAUGACAGUGGCACCAGAAGCACGAGCACCGCCGAGCAUGCGCCUUUCCCUUGGAUCCCAACCUUGGCCUCUGCUCCAUCGCGCCGUCUCCUCCGCGUGUCACGCCCUUUACGGCACCCUGCUUCCGCUGCUGCUGCCCCUUUCCCGCGCACCCAAUUCGCCAGGCGGAGCCAAGGCGCAGCAGACCGGGAGGCAUGGGUGUGGAGAGGCACUGGCACGGGCAGGGGCAGGAGCGGAGAAGGAAGAGAGGGAGGAGGACGAGGAGCAGCAGCAGGCAUGGCGAUGGUCGGGGUUACUAUCGUGGGUGUCAGCGUGGUUGGAGGGGUGGCAGAGUGGGUGCCAGUGGCCGUUGUCCAGUCCCUUUGGCCCCCUCUGGGCUGUUGCGUUUCUCUCCGCCCUCGCGUCUCUCACCCUCCCACCGGUCCGCAUCACGGCUCACCGUGUGAAGCUGCCAGAUGGCCGCCACGUGGCGGUGUGUGAGUGGGGCGCGGCUGCCAGCGAUGCAUGUGUGACUAUCGUUGUGCUGCAUGGCACUCCUAGCUGCCGCCUCGUGGGCAUUCCCAUGAUCAACCCCUCACUCCUCCACGCGCGCAAAAUCCGCGUUGUUUCCUUCGACCGCCCAGGGAUAGGCCAGUCAGACCCCCACCCGGGAUGGACCCUCCACUCCUCUGCCUCUGACCUGCGCCACCUCGCGUCCCUCCUCUCCCUGCCGCCCAAGUUCUGGGUGCUGGGAUACUCGGGAGGGGGCCCUCAUGCCCUCGCAGCAGCCAGGUUCCUGCCUGAGCGUCUGGCGGGGGUUGUGCUGUGGGCUGGGGAUGUGAACCCGUGGGAUCUGGUGGCGGCCAUGGUUGGGGGAGGGGGGAUGGGGGAAAGGCAGGGAGUGGUGGCGGGGAAGGGCAGGGGAGAGAGUGGUGGGGAGCCAGAGGAGAGGAGAGGUUCUAGGGAGUGGGGUGCGGCAGAGGAGAGCAAGGAAAGGAAGGAGAGCAGCGGGAGCAGUGGGAGCAAUGAGGGAUCAGAACCAUCGUCCAUUCUCUCCAAACUCCACAAGCAGUGGGCGGCAUGCCAGCACGCAGCUCUCUUCGCCCUCUCCCUCUGGUCCGCCCUGCCUUUCCCUGCACGCCUGCGCUUCGAGUGCCUGCGCUGGAUCCCUCCCAGCAUCGUCCCCCUCCUCUGCCCGCUGCUCUUCCCACCGCCCCUCGUGCGCCUGCUCGCCCCUGUGGUGCUGUUUGAUACGGCCAUCCACCGUGCGCUCAUGUCGUAUGUGCAGUGGGCGGAUGCACAGGCGCUCUCGCAUCCCCACACCCUCCACAUGCUCGCAGCCACCUGCCAGGAAGCGCUAUACCAGGGGAACGUGCAGGCAGUGCUGGAGGACCUACUGCUGCCCGCACAGCCAUGGGGGUUCUACCUCGCAGACCUGAAACACUGCGACUUCCCAAUCCACAUUUGGCAGGGUACGGAGGACCAGGAUGUGCCAGUGCUGCUAUCAGACCUGCUGGCGCACCUGCUGCCAUGCGUGUCGCUGCACCUGCUGCACGGCCACGGUCACUACUCGCCCUUCGCCCACCCUGACUUCCACCGCGUCUUCCUUGAUACACUCUCACCCGUUGCUGCUGAGGCUGCUGCUGCUGCUGGAAAUUCCUAG